AUGUUCGGGCCCCCCAAAGUUCAGCCUGUGCUGGUCCUGAGCAACUUUUUCGUCGCGCUCAGCUUCGUUACUGUUUCCACACGAGUGUACACGAGGCAUAUUGUCGUCCAUGCUGCAGGCAUCGAAGAUUAUCUGAUAUGCAUAUCUCUGGAACAGUUCGUCUGGCUGACAGUGGCACUGGAACCAGAGAUCAAGUAUGGACUGGGGCAACACCUCGUCGACAUCCCACCAGAAAACCGAGUCAAGUUCUUUAGGUGUCUUUGGGCCACAAUUCCGGUGUACAACUUCUCCCUGACGUUUUGCAAGCUGUCUAUUAUCUUCCAGUACAAACAUGUGUUUGUUGAACCUACAGUCCAAAAAAUUUGCCGAUACUUUCUUUCUUUCCUGGUUGUCUACGGACUCUGGACUGUUCUGGGCUCCGUUUUCAUGUGCGUGCCCGUCUCCUUCUUCUGGGGAGUGGGCCAUGGCUCGUGUAUGAACAGAUUGGCGUUCUGGUUCUCCAAUGCAGCCCUCAACAUCACCACUGAUAUUGCUAUUAUCUCCAUUCCAAUGCCACUUAUUAGGAAGCUCCAAAUUCCCGCUCGCCAAAAACUCGUCCUCAUGGUCGUCUUCGCAUUCGGUGCCUUUUCAAUGCCCGCCCUGAAGCCUUUAGUAUCUUCCAUUUUCCCGAAGCUGCUGGGAAUGUCCUCCGCAAACAACCGUUCAAACGGGUAUAGCGAACGUUUCGACAGUCACCCCAUGCGAUCUUUCGCUCAAAGUAAGAACGCUGGCAUAUCCUCCGCAAGCCGAAGUCGGGAUAUAUACGUCGAACAAACAUUUGAAGUUAGAGAUGAAGGCGAAAUGGGUGAUGUGGGUGAUGGGGUCGAUGGCAAGACUAGCCGAGAGGGAAGUGAGCGAAAUUUGGUUACUUCAACUGCGGUCCAGUCGAAAGGACUACCCUUCAACUGA